CUGCACCCGCGCUACUUGGUUCCGACCUUGCUCGAAGCUCCCGGGCCUUCCCCUGGCGUGUGCGAGUCGGCCGUGCGCGGGUCACAGGUCUCCCCCUUCUCUCUCUCUCUCCCUCUUUCUGUGAUCGUGCGUUUUCCUCGCAGCCGACGAGAAGCAAACUCAUUUUGGAAAGCUAAGGGCUUCCGUGAAACCCCCCCACCCCGGUCAUGGCAGUCCCAGGUUGUAACAAGGACAAUGUCAGAGCAGGCUGCAAGAAAUGUGGCUACCCUGGUCAUCUUACUUUCGAAUGCCGCAACUUUCUCCGAGUCGACCCCAAAAGGGACAUUGUUUUGGACGUGAGCAGUACGAGCAGUGAAGACAGCGAUGAGGAGAGCGAGGAACUCAACAGGCUGCAGGCGCUGCAGGGGAAAAGAAUAAAUGAAGAAGAGGAGAAGAAAAAAGAGAAAGGCAAAGAGAAAAUCAAAUUGAAAAAGAAGAGGAAAAGGUCUUCGUCCAGUUCCACCGAAGAGGACUCUUCAAAGCAAAAGAAACAAAAGUAUCAGAAGAAAGAAAAGAAGAAAGAAAAAAAGAGCAAAUCUAAAAAAGGCAAACACCACAAAAAAGAAAAAAAGAAGAGAAAAAAGGAUAAGCAUUCUUCCCUUCAUCGUUCGGACUCCACCAGAAAGUAAUUGAGUCCUUGGCCUAUGUCAUGAAAUUUAAGAACUCAGUUUUUGAAAUUGCCUGCUUUUCCUUGGAAUUUGCUCAAUAACUGUGCUUCACAACAGACCCCAGUCUUUUCCAUUCAGACAUUUUCACAUAUGAGACCAUUACUGCCCCCCCACCCCAGCCACUGAAUUAAAUCAGUCAUGGUACUUGACAGCUCUGCCUCAAGAAUAGCUAUUUGUACAUACCAAGCACAUCCUUCCUGGUGUUUGUAUUUCUGUGUUUGGGUAGCAUUCUUACUUCAUAGGUUGACUGUAAAAUGGGUUGGCUGCAGUCAACACAAGUCACGUACCUAGUAGCUAAUGAGUAUAGCUGAGUCAAGUGUCCACCUUUGAGUUGGGAGCCAGGUAGGGAGAAGUGACUUGCUCUUGAUACUGCAAAAUGUAACAGCUUUAUGUAUUGUGGUGUCGUGUGCAGAGAGGGAUUCCUCAUGGUUGUUUGUAACUGUCCUCUUACUAUCAGAGAAGAUAAGGCUGUUUUACUGGCCCUGAGCAGUAUCUGCAGGAAGAUAAUAGUGAAUGUAUUUAUCACACAGUCUCAUUGUUUUAUGAAGUAUAGGGUUUCUAGUAACUGGCUCUUGUGCUUUUAUAACAAUUUAAACAUAAAUCAGUUCUGGUGGCUCAUGCCCAUAUUCUCAGCCCUCGAGAGGCUGAGAUAAGAGGAUCUAGAUGGUUCAAGGCCAGCCUGGGUAAGAGUAAGACCCUGCCUCAGAAAACAAACAAACAGAAACAAAACAGAAUAAUUCUUCCUUUUGAAAGGAGACUAGUGUAGCUUAUUAGAAAGCCUGCUGAGAUGAGUGAGUGUUGGUGAAGAUUUAGGGUAGACUCCUGGGCUGUUACCCCAGUGUGCCAUGUUGGCAUGUCUUACAGUGAUACCUCAAAGGCAGAAACUUCACUUUCGAAGAAAGAAAAUCUAAUUGGAACUGAUUUUUAUUGUAUUUGGUAUUAAAUUUUAUGAAGAUUGUGUCAAUGAGCAAUGUAGAACUUUUUUAUAAAUUUUAACUUGUA